UGUGUGUGUGUGUGUGUGUGUGUGUGUGUGUGUGUGUGUGUGUGUAUGUAAGUGUGUGUGUGUAUGUAUGUGUGAAGCGCUGCGUGGGGAGCAAAUCGAGAUACAGUAGUAACCCAGAGUGAGGUGGCAGUCUUAUUCCACAUCGACACUGACUUGCCCUGCAUUCAUCGUAUCUGUGUCUUUAUCGCAGAGCGCACCUGAGGAGUGGAAGAGAAAAGAGUCAAGAUGGCAUCUGGAAGAGGCUGUGGACAAUCCGGGAUCUAGACUCUUCUGGUUUUUAGAAACACGGAGCGCAAGUGACUGGUUGUGCAAGGCGUUUAUAACUAAGUUGUCCGUGGCCCUGUUGGGACUUCGCUGGUGUGGAAUAGCAACAAAGAACGGGAGCGCGCAUUCAUGGGACGCGACUUUGACAGCUCUUCAUUUCUUGUCUUCUAACUUUAUUACCUGGACCCGGGGUGAGAUUGUGACUGGAGCAGGAGACAAUGGCUGAGGCUGCGCUCCCAGACCCACUCCCGGACUUGGACGUGGUCAUCGACCCGGACUUCGAGCCUCAGAAGCGGCCCAGGUCUUGCACCUGGCCGCUGCCAAGACCAGACUCGAACGCGGUGAAACCAGAGAGCAAUGACACAGAUAUAAUACCUGAAGAAGAGGAUGAUGAGGAGGACAGUGCCACCCCUACGGCCAUCAGCAUCAAUGGCUCCGGCGUUGCGACAGAGGACCAGAGCAGCAACAGCCCCGUGGCCGAUGGAGCGCUCUCCUCCCCCGGCCAGGAGAGCGGUGGCUCCCCGCUCUCUUCGCACUCUCCGACGGCCACCUCUGGCGCGUUGACACCCACCAGUUUGGCGACCCAGCAGACUCCGAGGAAAGCAUCAUCGCGCAGAAACGCCUGGGGAAAUCUCUCCUAUGCCGACCUGAUUACCAAAGCCAUUGAGAGCGCGCCGGACAAGAGACUGACACUGUCCCAAAUUUAUGACUGGAUGGUGAGAUCCAUCCCCUACUUCAAAGACAAAGGAGACAGUAACAGCUCUGCAGGAUGGAAGAACUCCAUUCGGCACAACCUUUCCCUCCACAGUCGUUUCAUCCGAGUCCAGAAUGAGGGAACAGGAAAGAGCUCCUGGUGGAUGAUAAACCCGGAGGGAGGAAAGGGUGGGAAGGCUCCUCGCCGCCGUGCAGUUUCCAUGGACAACAGCAACAAGUACACCAAGACUGCUCGUGGUCGUGCUGCCAAGAAGAAGGCUGCCCUUCAGGCUGCAGCUGCCGCAGCUGGAGAAGGUGGCGCAGACAGUCCUUCAGGUCUUUCUAAGUGGCCAGGGAGUCCAACAUCACGCAGCACUGAGGAGCUGGAUGCCUGGACAGACUUCCGCUCCCGCACUAACUCCAAUGCCAGCACGCUGAGUGGCCGCCUGUCACCCAUCCUGGCCAACCCUGAGCUCGAUGAGGUGCCUGAUGACGAGCCCCCUCUGUCACCUAUGCUCUACUCCAGUCCCGGCAGAGCACUGUCACCUGGCAAUGCCAACACAGUCAAUGGGAAGGCCAUGCCGACAGAACUGCCCCGUCUGGCAGAUCUCGCAGGCACCAUGAACCUGAACGAUGGACUGACUGAUGACCUGAUGGAUGAGUUGCUGGAUAACAUCAACCUGGUGCCAACCACUACUGGACAAGCCCUUUCAAAUGGUUCCUCAGGGUUCAAUUUUGGGUCCAAACCCAGUGGGCUAGGCUCACCUUCUUCCACAUCUUCUCCUUCAUCCAACACAUCCUCAAAUAGUGGAAGUAACAGCUACACUAACUCCAUCUUUGGCCCCCACACGACGGGAUCCUCUCUGCGUCCAUCCCCCAUGCAGACCAUUCAGGAGAACAAGCAGACUUCCUUUAUGUCCCGCUUUGGCAGCCAGACAUUACAAGACCUACUCAGUUCUGACAGCCACAGUGAUGUCAUGAUGACCCAAUCUGACCCACUCAUGUCACAGGCCAGCGCCGCCGCUGUCAUUUCUCAGAACUGCCGCCGUGGCCUUAUGCUCCGAAAUGAUCCUGUAAUGACCUUCGGGACCACUGGAGGAAUUCAGUGUAGUCAAGGGGAAAUGCUGCAAAGUAACAACCACAACCAGAGCUCCCUGAGGUCCUUGAAUGGAGGCCUGAGCCUCACCAAUGAGGCUAACACUCUGGCAAAUGCCAAGCAGCAUCUUCUGCUUUCACCUCUUGGAGGAAAUGGGUCCUCUUCCAUGCAGAUCGACACCUCAAUCUUCAUGAAUGGAACAGUUAGCAACAGUGGAGGAAUCUGCCAGGAUCGUUUCCCCACAGAUCUAGACCUGGACAUAUUCAAUGGCACCCUGGAGUGUGAUAUGGAGUCCAUCAUUAGGAACGACCUGAUGGACACAGAUGGUCUGGACUUUAAUUUUGAGCCUCUGGCCAGUAUGAACGGAGUCAGCAACUUCACAAGCACCAAGCAAACCUCUCAGAGCUGGGUACCCGGCUGAGAGGCUGAAGCUGGGAUGGAGCAGAGCAGGUCUGAACUGUGUAGUGCAAGAGAAGAUCAGACACAACAUCCUUUUUGCCAAACCUGCCAUCAGCACAACGUAACAUACAAACCCUGUGUUUACAGAAGAAACUUCCUCUUGAGAGCUCCAGAGAUGCUAAACAUCAGCCCUCAAACCUCCUGUGAAACAGCAACAAAAACACAAUAACAGCAAACUAUCACAACAAACUCACAAACCUUAGAAUUAUGCAAUUUUCCUUUCAGUCCCAGUCUGUUGAUAUCAGAGACAGUGCUCAUCAGAAGAGGCUUCAGGUGGAGGAUAAAGACUGCAAAGAUGGAAGGAGUACACAGUGCAGUUGUUCCCAAUGAAGAUUUAUUAAAGAAAAGAAAAAAGACAAAGUUAAACCAAGAAGUGAUGUGGUGUAAAUCUGAUCCAGUGGUUUCCUGGGAUGUGUUAUGUUGAAAAGAAACUUCCCUGUGUUUUCACUUAGUGAUUUUAAAUGUUCAGUGUUUGUUUUUGGAAUUUUCUGUUUUAUCAUAUUCAUUUUCUGCAUCCUACAUGUCUGUACAAAAUAAUCAAUGUUUUGAUGAAAAGAAAAGCUGGAAACAGAGUAAGUUACUUGCUCAUUGGUUACGCAUUCAGUACAUACAAUACACACAUUCAGACAUACAGUGACUACAAUUUUCCCAAGUUUGUAAAACCUUAGGAUGUAAAAUUAAUGCCAUGCACUUCCAGUUUUGUUCUUAUAAACUGCUUGAAUUGAACUUACUGCAGCAUCCUGAGGUUAUAUUAUAAUUAGCCGAAUACUACAAACAUAUUUUGUGUAUAACUAACUGUAAAAAAAAAAAAAAAGAGAGAGAAAAAUACUAGAGGAAGAAAACCUCCAUCAUGGAUAUUUGUACAGUGCAGGGCAGUGGAAAGUUCAAAAAGGUAGCGGAAAAUAUUUUGUCCGUCUUAGUUUUCUUAGCUUUUGGUGAGUUCUAUUGAGGUUGUUUAUCACAGCAUAUUAUGUAGCCAAAACGAAUACCUGUGUCCUAGGGUUGUGAACAUUUCCACACCAUAACAGGUGCUAUAUAAACAGUGUUGAAUCCUGUCCUGAGAGCAAGCCGUGCAUUUUGUGUUUUAAUUUUGCUUCUGUUUUUUGUUUUUUUUUUACCUAUGAACCUGCAGAAGCCCAAAGCUGCAGCCAGGUGUAGCAUGGCCAGGUUGAACCUGUAGACAGCGGCGGUAGGGCCAGGGGUUUUAGGCUCAUUCCUCUAGAAGCCAUUUGUUUCUCGAGUAAAACAAUAAGCUAUCUCUGUAUAUUGCCAAAUUACUUGAAAUAAACAGUAGGAUAUGCUGGCAGCCAAAUCACACAUGCACACACUUACACCCGUAACACAUGCACAUAGAAAAAAAUAAUACCAGGGAUCUGUGUUAAGCUCUGCUGUUUUCUUGUCAUGAGCUUGUGGGGCUUGUUAUGCAUAUAUAGAAUCACUCAGGGGGGAAAAGGGAGGCUUCCCAUUUAAGUAACAUCAAGUCAUAUUCUAAUGGUAUUUACAUAUAAAAAAAAAAAAAACAUUUCUAAGUAAAAGGAGAAAUGCUGUGUGUUGUGAACUUGUAACCUGUGAACUUUUGGCAUCAUGACAAAGACAAGGAAGGAAGACAACAUCAGGAUUAAGACUUCAUGCGGCCUGUUAUUUUUCCAUUAUAACUAUUUCUCCUUUUGUCAGACUCGUGACACACAUACACACAUCCCUCAUGGACACGUCUGGUGCUCCUGCAGGUGACAUUCUGGAUCUCCUGCAUACAUGUUAAUAUAUGUGUGUGUGUGUGUGUCCGCGUGUUUGUGCUAGUUAAGUUUAUUUCUGUUGAAUUAAUCCGUCAAGGAUGUGUAAUCCUUCACUCUCCCUUAUGGUGCAUACAGCACAGACUGUAUGCAUGUAUGUAUUUAUGCAUUAUGGAUUGUGUGAAAUGCAUACGUAUAUACUCGCUGUAUGUCCUUAUAUAUUCAUAUAGUACUUGACCCUUGGAUUUUGAGAUACCUCUUAAGGUAAAGUUGAAGAUGAAAUGAACAAUGUUACACACCAGGUAGGAGGGAACACUGUUACCAGCUAAUGAAUAAGUGAAGAGGAUUUUGAAAAUGAUGGAAAGCACCAUUGUUGUAGCAUCUGGAGACCCUGGUGCCCCUUUUCUGUCUGGGGUAAUGGCAUGAAGGGUUUGCCCCCGCUGUGUAUAAUAGUGUACAGAUGUGUGUAUAUCAUUUUGAGACCAGGCAGUAGGAGUGUGAGUGCAUGGUUGGCAAGAAUGAUCUACUGUGCUAUCUAAGGUUUAGUGCAUGACCUAGCUGUAUCCCCUCGACCUUUGCAACGGUGCCGUCCCUCAACAGAAAUUGUAAUUCAGAGAAGCUCUGUGUUUUUAGGAAUCACACAAAACACACUUUGGUCCUAAUAUUAAAAAUCAGGGCUUACAGAUCUGUGCUAGCACCAUUCUCACAAAUUAAGGGGUUCAUUAUUAUGUGUGUCUACUUCUGCAGGAGGUACAGGCAGGGAAAGCCUCCUAAUGAUCAUUAUUCUGCCUCACACUUCUUUUGUUUUAUUCCGUGUGGAGUAGGUUUACAUGCCCUUGCUCUUACUGAGCAGUUCGUUAUACCUUUGACACAGUAAGUGUCAUCUGACAUGGAACAUCUGACAUUUCAUUUGGCAGAGGGAUACCUGAGCCAUCACUUUAACUGUACUAAAUAUUAGGAGGGCUUUACUCUCUCUGUGAACAUGACUGACAAGGUGAAUCCAGGGAGCGCUAUAAUCCCUCUCUGUUUAAAGAGGGGUUACUGAUCUCUGAUAAACUGCAUAGGGAUCACAAUCACAGAGGGCUGCUCCUAAUGCUUUGUAUAUUCAGUGUAAAAUGUUCGAGGGGAUAGUUUACACUUCCACAUAACCACUGCGUCAGUCAGGCACAAAUUCACUAUUUGAAGUCAGAAGACUCUUCUUGUGCCCAACACACACCUGCAGCACAACAUAUGCAAACUUAAAGCUAAGAAAAGAAAAAAAAAAAAAACAGAAGUGACAUACCACUAGAUACCUUAAUCACCUCUUGGAUAUUUCCUUUUUGUCAUAUUUUCUUCCAUCCUUGUACAGAGUCCCAGGCCAGCUUCCCUCCAUACGCUGAACUGAACGUUGCCCUUUGAACUUCGCCCUUUAUUAAUCUUGCUUCUUCUUGACUUGAUGUUAGUGGGUAUUUUUCCUGUGUAUUCCAUUUUGAAUUGUAAUCUAGUUUGUAUAAGAAAUGGUGCGCAUGUAAAUAAAGCUUGGUGAGGCUCCACA